AUCCGUUAGGAUCCAGAGAGAGAGAGAGAGAGCGAGCGAGAGAGAGAGAUGCAGCUCUUCUCUUCUCCUUCCCCAAAACCCAACUUCCCUCUUCACACUAAUUCUCAAAACCCUAAUCUCAAUUCCUCCAAAUCCUGCUUCUGGGUCACCCUUCAUUACUCUUCUUCUAAUCCCAUCUUACCCCCCUGUUCUUCCCAUGAAUCCUCAACUCUCGUCCAACAAAGCCCUCUCUCCCCUGUAUCGCCAUCCCCAUCCCCAUCAGAAGAAGAAGAAGAAGAAGAAGAAGAAGACAAGAGCAAAGAAGAAUCUUUGGACGAACAGCAACUUGUGGUUCGCCGGCCGGUAAUGGAUUUUUUGGGUGAAGACACUGGAAGAGAUGGAGAUAGUGUGGAGGAGGCUCAGGUGUCUUUGUCCCCGAUCGACGUAGGUCUCUCUAAGAUUGCUAAGAAAAUUCAGAUUUUUGAGCCGAAGAGGGUGGAACUGGGCUCCAAAAAGAAGCCUCUCGUGGUGAAUUUGGAUUUGGCGUUGUAUAAAGCGAAGGUUUUGGCGAGGAAUCAUCGGUUCCAAGAAGCAGAAAGAGUGCUGGAGGAGUGUAUAUAUUACUGGCCAGAGGAUGGGCGGCCGUACGUGUUGUUAGGGAAGAUCUUUAGUAGGCAGUCAAAGGUAGUUGAAGCUAGAGCUGUUUAUGAGAAGGGAUGUCAAGCAACGCAGGGGGAAAAUCCUUACAUCUGGCAGUGUUGGGCUGUGCUGGAAAAUAAGCUGGGAAAUAUAAAGAAAGCUAGGGAAUUAUUUGAUGCUGCCACGGCUGCUGAUAAGAAACACAUUGCAGCCUGGCAUGGAUGGGCCAUUUUGGAGCUAAAACAAGGAAAUGUCAAGAAGGCUCGGAAGCUUCUCGGUAAAGGUCUGAAAAUUUGUGGUGGAAAUGAGUACAUAUACCAAACUCUUGCACUCCUUGAAGCUAAGGCAGAGCGCUAUGAGCAAGCGCGUCAUUUAUUGAGACAGGCCACCAGUUGCAAUCCCAAAAGCUGCGCAAGUUGGCUAGCAUGGGCGCAAUUAGAGACGCAGCAGGAAAAUAAGUGGGCUGCUAGGCAAUUAUUCGAGAAAGCAAUUCAAGCUAGUCCCAAGAAUAGGUUUGCAUGGCAUGUAUGGGGACUCUUUGAAGCUAAUCUCGGAAAUAUUGACAAAGCAAGGAAACUUCUAAAGAUAGGCCACACACUCAAUUCAAGGGAUCCUGUCCUCCUUCAGUCUCUUGCUUUAUUAGAAUACAAACACUCAACUGCAAAUUUAGCCCGUGUGCUGUUCAGGAGAGCUUCCAAUUUGGAUCCCAAGCACCAGCCAGUAUGGAUUGCUUGGGGAUGGAUGGAAUGGAAAGAAGGAAACAUAGCCACGGCAAGGAAACUAUACCAAAAAGCAUUGUCAAUCAAUCCAACAAGUGAGAGUGCAGCUCGCUGCCUUCAGGCUUGGGGUGUUUUAGAGCAGAGAGUUGGUAAUCUAUCAGCAGCUCGGAGAUUAUUUAGAUCAUCAUUAAGCAUAAACUCACAGAGCUAUGUAACAUGGAGGACAUGGGCAUCUUUGGAGGAAGAUCAAGGAAAUUCUGUGCGAGCUGAUGAAAUCCGUAACCUCUACUUUCAGCAGCAUACUGAAGUUGUCGACGAUGCAUCAUGGGCUACAGGGCUUUUAGACAUCUUUGACCCAACAAUUGAUAGCAUAAAGAGAUUCUUGAACUUCAACCAAAAUUCCAGAGCUAAAGAAAAUAGGAUAAAUGAAGAAUUCGCUACCCUGCCCUCUGAUGAUGGUAGCAACAUGGCAAGUGGAGGCAGUUUCAAUUUGGAUGCUUUCAUCAGUGAGAAACUGUCUCUUGACCCAUCCAAACUGGACAUUCUGAUGGAAUCAAGAACCCCACCUUCCCCUAGGAAAACUAAAUCCCUGACAAAGGUGUGGAGAUCAGCAAAAGGAAUCGCUGCAGGAUCGCCCCAAUACAGAGCUUGAUCAUUUUCAGUGCAGAAUAAUGACUGGAGCGAGGUUGCCUUGCUUUUUUCUGCUUGUCCUGGUGGAACCCUUCAUGGGCAGUCCUCUGUUCGCACAUGAGAAAAGAAGCAGAAAUGAGUUACCUUUGUUACUGAAAUAUUUGGGAGAUCGCCCAGGACUAAAGCUGUACAAAUUGGACGCAAAUAUUAAACAAUACCCACAGAAAAAAAAAACAAGGGAAACAGCAUGAAAUCAAGAACAAAUUGGAGGCUCUAUUUGUAUUUCCGAAUGGUAUGGAAUGUAAACAACCAUUUUAAUUAUAGCCAAAUAAACUAGCUUUUGUUCUUGAACAGAAA